AGCUAUCGAUAUAUCGAUACGACAACACAUGUUGCCGGCGGUCAUUAUUCAACACUGUCCUUUGUUGUUUUCUGAAAAAAAGUUAAACAUGUUAAAACUGGGUAAAUUUAUAGCGCGAAAUGCCACAGUGGUUAGCUUAGUGGGAAGACAGCAGCUGGGCGCUACCAGCCGUUUCUAUUCUGCUUCCCCAGAAUCUGUCGACUCGGAUUUGCCCAUCGACAUAACGAAUCCUUAUGAAAAGGACCCUCAAAGGUGUAUCCUGUGCAAGCACAGCAUCGAACCGCAUUAUAAAAACGUGAAGCUGCUUUCCCAAUUCCAAUCGCCUUAUACGGGUCGCAUUUACGGACGGCACAUCACCGGAUUAUGCAAGCGUCGGCAAGAGCAAGUGGAACAGGCCAUCCUGCGGGCACAACAAUGUCUCUUGAUGCCAGGAUACCACAAGGACCUCGACUUCCUGCAGGACCCCAAGCUCUUCGAUCCCGAACGCCCAGUACGCCCGCACAAGUACUAGUUUGUCCUUAAGUUUAAUUUGCCGCUUUGUUGCAAGGGAAAUACAGUUUCUCAAUGUUAAAUUAUAUGAAAAAUUACGUUUAUGUAAACUUAA